CCUUUUGCUUCGUUGUCCCGCUCUUCUUUGAAUUGAGUCCCAGGACCGCUCCAGCUUAGCAGCAAUUCGACUGUCGAGUGGGGUGCUUCUGGUGCGUGUGUUUUCGUCUUGAGGGACUCCAGAAAUGAGAUGACCGCGUCUCGGAGUUUCACUGCCAUGAAGGUCGCGCGCGUGUCGGAAUUCAGACCGCGGCUGGCGUGACAAAGCCACGAUGUUCGAGCACCAUCACUAGAAGAAAGCCAAGACUAAGAAUCAUCCAUAUAAACACAAAUGUCGGAUUCUCUCCACAGCCAAACUGCCGGGAGCGGUUGUUAUUCCGAUCAUGCGAUCAAUGUUGGAACUACCGAGGGUAGUAUUGCGACUGGGAUAGGUUUUUGCAUCUUUAGAGUGCCUCAAUGCCUGUUCGAGAGCAAUCAGAGUGCGUUCCAGCCUAACAUGGUCCCCAUCGGCCCCUACCACCACGGAAAGCCGCAGUUUCAAAAGAUUCAAGAGCACAAGCGGCGAUUCUCCAUCGAUCUGAUCAAUCGAGCCAACCAAGGAAGGGACAAGCUAAGGCACUUCGCUGAGGCUUUAAAACCAAUGGAAGAGAAGAUAAGAAACUGUUAUUCCGAGGCCUUAGCUUUCGACAGCGAUGAGCUCAUUGGGAUGAUGGUACUGGAUGGUUGCUUCAUCAUUGAACUGUUCUGCAAGUCCUACGGUAAAUUGGCAGGCCACACCGAUCCAGGGUAUGACCCCUUACUGACCCAGCCCUGGGUGUUGCCUUUCCUCAUGCGGGAUCUUGCCAAACUUGAGAACCAGAUUCCUUGGUUCGUUCUUAAAGCUCUGUUCGAUCUGACGGUGGGGUCCUGGAAUGAGAGCCAUCCUUCUCUAUCCAAGCUCGCCUUAAGUUGCUUCAACCGCACGUUUCACAGACCAGACGCAGACGCCGUCUUGACAAAGUACUCCGAUUGGGAAGGAGAACAUCUGCUUAAUUUCCUCCGUUUGACUAUCAACCCGGAUUCUCCAGAAACAAAACAAAGACCAAACAAACACCUUCACCUGAUCCAGCCCGCGACUAAGCUCCACCUGGCAGGAAUUAAGUUCAAGCGGACCCAUUGUGAAAGCUUCAUGGACAUCAAAUUCAGCAAUGGUGUCCUGGAAAUUCCAGGACUUCGAUUCGAUGACAUCCUGAGUUCUCUCUUCCUCAAUUUCAUUGCAUUUGAGCAGUGCCACAGGGGCUCCUCCAAGCAUGUCACAGCUUAUGCCACUUUCAUGGCUUGCCUCCUUAACACACCGGCAGAUGUCGGGUUCCUGUGUGACCGCAUGAUCAUCGAGAAAUAUUUUGGCACAUAUCAGCAAAUUGCCCAUUUCUUCAGCAACAUCGGGAAAGAUGUUGUGUUCGACAUCCGCAGGAACUAUUUAUCUCAGGUGUUCCAGGAUGUGAAUGCGUACAGCGAGAAGGACUGGCGAGUGCGUUGGGCCGGCUUCAAGAACACCUACUUCAGCACGCGGUGGUCUCUCAUAUCAGCUGUAGCAGCAUUCAUACUUCUUGUUCUCAUGACAAUUAAGUCUUUCUUUGCUGUGUAUGCUUAUUAUCGACCUCCUUCAUGAUUUCCAUCAUUAGUAAUGUUAACCCUGUAUAUUCAUUUUGAACAAUAUGUUUAAGGGGUGAAACUCUUACUGCAUAUAAUUCUUAGAGUUUAUGAGACUAGAAUGAGUUGCAGCUCAAUGAAUGACUCA